GUGGAAGGAAGCAACGAAGCUCCACAAAACCCUGGCAUUCAGUUAGCAACUUCAAUGAGUGAAGAGUUGGGUGAUUUGACUCCCUUGUCCGCUUCGUGUUGCAUCUACAAAGUUCCUGAACGACUACGGUGUGUAAAUGAAAAGGCCUACACACCUCAAGUAGUCUCUAUAGGUCCGAUUCACCAUGGCAAGAAAGGCUUAGAAGACAUGGAAGAACACAAGAAGAGGUACCUGCAGUAUUUUUUAAAUCGGACUAAGGUCAGCUUGGAAGUUUAUGUAACGAAAAUACAGGUCAAGGAACCGGAACUGCGCAGUUGCCAUGCGCACAACAUUGGGUUGUGCAGUGAUGAAUUUGUAAGAAUCAUUCUUGUGGAUGCCGCGUUCAUCAUUGAGCUCUUAUUGAGGUACGAGGGGGAUAACGAGCCCGAUAGCGAUGACCGCAUCUUUGGCAAACCACGGUUGAUAAAUAUUAUAAGACCUGACAUGCUUUUGCUUGAAAAUCAACUGCCAUUUUUCAUUCUUGAGGAUCUCUUUGCCACUGCGGAGGUGCCCGCUACGAUGCCUUCAGUAUUUGACCUCUCUUACAAGUUCUGCAUGGCAUCAAAAAGAGACGAUUCGGGAUCUUUUUCUAGUUUUAAAGUAGAGCAUUUUGUUGAUUUGAUUAGAACUUUACAUCUACCAACGGAGGAAGAGAAGUCAAAAAAUCAAAGGGCACUCAAAACUCUACCUGUACCCAGCAUGACGAAACUACACCAGGCUGGAGUCAAGUUUAAGGCAAGAUCAAGCAAUAAUCUAUUUGAUAUAUGUUUCAAAGGCAGAAGUUUGGAAAUUCCAAAUCUAAUAAUACAGGAUAACACGGAGCUUGUAUGUACUCAUGGAAAUUCCAAAUCUGAUAAUUUCAAAGGCAGAGUGUGUACUCCGAAACCUUGUUGCCUUUGAGCAAUGCCAUUGCGAUUGCAACUACUUCAGUGAUUAUAUCAUCUUCAUGGAUUAUUUGGUGAACACCCCAAAUGACGUGGACUCUUAACAUAGAGUAUGGCUCUAAGUUCUUAAGAAGCACAUCCUAAAAAUAUUGAAAACAAGUAUGGACUCCAUUGGAGCCGACCUCUGAGUUUCAAUUGCCGAUUUAUGGAUCUUCAUGUGUGAACCACUAAAUAGGGAACAUUAUCAAGUUGGGAACAUUAUCAGUGUCGUUAUCAAGUUGGGAACAUUAUGGAUCUUCAUGUAGAUUUCAAUUGCCGAUUGGACAUGUGGUAAUUAUCAAGUUGGGAACAUUAUCAGUGUCGUUAGAGUGAGGUCCCGGACUUGUUGAUCUAAAAUUUCAAUAGUCUCGUUUGUUUAGUGAGGGGCCGCAUUUACAUGCUUUCUUUCCAUGCUCCUAACAUUUACCUGUCCGAAUAUGAAUCUGCGUUAUGGUUUGUUUGCCUAAUGAAAUCUACAUGCUUAAAUCCAUGUGUCAUAUGCCAUAUGAACUUAUAUCCAUUUGUCUGAAUUCGAAAUUUGCAUGCCUACCUGUCCGCUUGUCGGAGCCUACCUAAUAUUCGUAGUUUCAUACCUUUUUUUGUUAGCUAGUUUGGUACCUUGAUUUUCAAUUGACUUCAAGCUAAAAGAAAAGGAAAAAAAAAAAAAAUAGAUUUCUGUGUACACUUUUUCUUUCCUUGCAUACUCAUAUUUAUUAUUUAUAGUCUUUGGACGAAUAAAAGGAAAAUAAACAUCAUUAAAUAGGAGUGUGCAUAAGCCAAAAAGAGGUGUUCGAAAUUCAUUUCUUAGAAAAGAAAAAAAAAAAAAAAGUAUUUGCGUAUUGGAGUUAUGCGCAAAAAUUGUUUUCCACGUUCCGAUAUUGCAUUCAACUCAUGCAUUACUUUUCUGCACCAAAUGGUUUAUAGACAUGGAAAAAAUAUAAGGGUAGAUAGAACAAAUUAAUUCAAUCCGACUAAUGCCUGAUUUGGUACUGAGAUAAUUCUGAAAAAAACUAGUAUAAAAAAAAGCUGGGAGCUGUUUUUGUGUUUGGUAAACAUUCAACUUCAGCUUUUUUUCAUAGUUUUGGGUGAAAAAAAGCUAAAAACAAGAAGUUGCAAAACCCA